CUGUAACGUCCCUACGUUCUUCAAACUGAAACCGUGGUAUUCGGUGAUACCGGAGACUUCGAACUGUCAGAUCUCUUCGAGAGCAUAAAAGAAUUAGUUUUUUUUAAUAUUUCAGUGAUUCAAAAACUAGUACUUUGUUUUCAGUAUUAAGAUGAGUCUUCCGGUAACCAAAAGAUACAAAGACGAUGCGAACCAUGACGAGAUUAACAUAAACAUCUCUAAGGAAGCAAAGGGUCUCAUUGACCAGAUUUUGGGAGAUGUGAGCAAAAAGUCUGCUACUAAACAAAUUAUUAUUGGCACAACAUCAGGAUGGGUCACUGGAUUUAUGACAAUGAAAGUUGGGAAAAUGGCUGCUCUCGCAUUUGGCGGUGGUAUUAUAAUGCUACAAAUAGCAGCCCAUCAAGGAUACAUAAAAAUUAAUUGGGAUAAAAUCCAGAAAAAAGCUGAGAAAAUAACAGACAAAGUAGAAGAAAAAGUUACCGGUGAAGGACCUAAACUAUUAGAUAAGGUCGAGAGAUUCGUUGACAAAAAGUUAGAUAAAGCCGAGCAAUUGUUGAAAAAUGGAGAAUCUCGUACACGACGCUGGUACCACUCUGUUACUGGCGAUACCACUUUCAGACCUAAAGAAUUCCAUUUUUUCAUCACGUCUUUCGUAGCCGGUUUAGCAAUUGGCAUAGCUACUGGUAAUUAGGUUUAUAAACGCUGCACUCUGAAUGCAAGUAAAGAAGCAAUGUGCUCAUCCAAAAAAUUAUACUAAUCAUCAAAACUUGAUAUUAACAGUGAACAAUCAAUUCAUAGUGACGUUAACAGAAGCAACAGACAAAUGAAAGUUACAACAAUGUACUUCCUUUAUAUUUGAAGUUGAUAAUUUUUUUUCAUCUAUCAGCACAAAUUUUCUUGUUGGCUUGAAUAUAAAAAUUCACAAAAGAGAUAAAAAAUUAAUAGUAAAAUAUUUGUAUGUCUCAAAUUCAAUAGGAAACUUUUACGAUUUAUAAGAUUCUGUGAAUCUAAAAUCCAUCGACAUAAAAUAAUGUAUUAUUCACACAAAUGUUCAUUAAUACACAAACACAUAGAUAACAUGAAACGUCUCACAAUAUAUAGAUGAUUACCAAGUUUACACUCAUUCAGAAUGCAGCAAACACAAGAAUGCAGUCAGUUUUAGUCAUCAUCUUUAUUGGAUUAUAUCACAGUAGAUAUUCGUAAAAAGACAAACGAAAUAAUUAUUAUUUUGUAUUAUGUUCUUGUAUAUUUAAACGAUUUUUAAAUAGUACCGAAUUACAAGAAGCUUUUUUUUGCUAUUCAAUGUACUAGAUAAGCUAUACGUUUUGGAGAGUUUUGUACUCAUAAUAAAAACUGUGCACGUACAUUAAAUGAAAAAAUAUAGUGUCAUAAUUGACACUAGAAAAGAAAGUUUUGAUUUCAUAAGUACAAUGUGUUCUCAGCAUCGCAUGGUCUUAUACUUCAGUUAUAUGUUUCCUGAUGAGGUAGAUACAUUUUGUUGAAAGGUAUUAUUAUUUCGUUAAGAUAGAAUCUCUAUCGAAUUUUACACUUUUAAAUUUAUAUAUGCUACUGCAUAAAAUAUCGUAAUGAAUACCGGAAUCGUAUAAUGUUGUCACAUUAAUUAUAUGUGGGUUUGUAGAUAUUAUGUAUAACACAAUGUCUGUAUAUGUACAGGGCAUAGUUAUAAAUAACUCCGAAAGUAAAUUAUGCUUAUUAAUAACCCAGAUGUUUAAACACACAUUCUCAAGGGUAUUAAAUUAACGAUGAUUCCAAUGAUGUAGAAAAAUAAAUUAUAAUAAAAUUGUUACAUCAUAUAAAAUAGUCA